AUGUGGUUUACGCGAUCUAUUGUUGUAUUGAUAUGUAUGUUCCAUGUUGCACAUCCUGCAAUGCGCACAAGAUCUUUGAAUGGAGCUCCUGUGACUGAUGGUGAUGAAAAAUUCAAUGAAAUGUUGUAUGAACUUUUGACUCUAACAAUUCUGAAAGGCAUCAAUAUUUAUAAGAUAAAGCAGUUUAAUGAUCGCCAUUUUCUUGACAAAACAAGACGUCAUUAUUGGUUUGGAGAUCGCUACUUUAGACUUGAUAACUACUAUUGGUUGAGUACAAGAGAUACAUGUGGCUAUAGAUUGAAUGAGACUCAAAGUAAACCACUUGAAUAUGAUGAGGAUAAUGUUAAGAUCAAUGAGAUAUUCUUCCAAUGCUUACGAUAUGAGGAGUACUGUUGUGGUCUCAAUUGCUGUCGUCGCUAUUGA